AUGGGCCUGGAAAAACUACAUCCAUUUGAUGCUGGGAAAUGGGGAAAAGUAAUAAAUUUCUUGAAAGAAGACAAACUCAUUGCAGAUGACGUGAUUGUACAAGCUCGAGAAGCCACUGAACAAGACCUUUUAGUUGUCCACACAAGACGCUACUUGAAUCGAUUAAAGCGCAAGGUGCUAAGACCUCUAAGAACACAAACAGGAGGAACAAUAAUGGCUGGAAAACUUGCCAUUGAGAGGGGAUGGGCAAUUAAUGUUGGUGGGGGCUUUCAUCACUGUUCGAGUGAUAAAGGUGGAGGAUUUUGUGCAUAUGCUGAUAUUACAUUGGCUAUAAAGUUUUUAUUUGAAAGAAUGGAAGGAGUUUCUAAGGCAACUAUUAUAGAUCUGGAUGCACAUCAGGGUAAUGGUCAUGAACGAGACUUCAUGGAGGAUAGCAGAGUAUACAUCAUGGAUGUUUACAACAGGUACAUUUAUCCUGGAGAUGGAUUUGCUAAACGAGCCAUAAAACGUAAAAUUGAAUUGGACUGGGGCACAGAAGACACGGAAUACCUUCAAAAAGUAAAAACACAUGUGGAAGGUGCAUUGAAUGAAGUGAAACCAGACAUUAUCAUUUAUAAUGCUGGAACUGAUGUUCUGGAUGGUGACCCAUUGGGAGGCUUGGCUAUUUCACCACAGGGAAUUAUUGAAAGAGAUUUAAUUGUCUUCAGAGCGGCUAGAAAACACAGAAUUCCUAUCUUGAUGGUGACAUCUGGAGGCUAUCAGAAGAGGACAGCUCGGAUAAUUGCAGAUUCUAUUGUCAAUUUGCACAACCUAGGGCUUAUUGACAAAGAGCUUGUGUGUGGUGAAGCUGAAAACCCAAAGGUAGAACUGAUUAUUAGAGAAGGCAAGAAAUAACAGCU